GUGUGCAGUUCCUUGACAACAUAAACGUUCGCGUUUGCACACACACACACGGCACAUCAGACGCCAGUCCGGUCACCAAAGUAUUAAGAGAAUAUUGACUGUCAGAGUGACAGUGGCUCUCCGUGGUGGGAUAACUUACUGCUGCAAUUUUUUUAAUUCCCAUCAAGUUAGCAAACACCAGGAAAACAGAGCAGAGCCAGCCCCUGACCUCACAACAGCUGCAGCUGCAACAGGGAAUUCAACCCAAGUUGAUUCUCUAUUACUCCAAGGAUCCAUCCAUUUGACUGAGUCACAGCUGAAGCCAAAGGAGAGACUAUGAAGACAAGCUGUCUCACCCCGCAUUGCAGCCCAACAAAAUAUGACAUAACAUGGAUCCCCUGCUAAUCACCAUGACCAUAAAGCUGUGAAUGGCAUUGUGAAGCCUUCACCCCUUUCUCAGCACCCAAUCCAGACACUUCUCCUCUUUUAAAAUCCUUAAUAGCAACCGUUGUUGCUUGCCCUAUCUCCUGCAAACGCUUCUUCUUUCCUGCCUGCCCCUACGUUUUUGUCCUUAAUUAUUAUAAUUUAGAUUUCCGCAUCAUGCAGGGUGCAUCUACCACCUCCACUCUCCUUUUACUUAUUCUCUCCUCCUUCAUAUUCUUCUCCCACAUUCCCUACAUGGUCAAUGGGGACUGCUGGCUCAUUGAGGGGGACAAAGGCUAUGUGUGGCUGGCUAUCUGCAGUCAGAACCAGCCACCGUACGAGACUAUCCCCCAGCACAUCAACAACACUGUCCAUGAUUUGAGAUUGAAUGAGAACAAGCUUAAAGCUGUGCUCUUCAGCUCCAUGUAUCGGUUCACCAACCUGACUGAUCUCAACCUCACCAAGAAUGAAGUCAGCUAUAUUGAGGACGGAGCCUUUGCAGGACAAGCCAACCUACAGGUUCUUCAGCUGGGCUACAACAAGUUGACGAACAUAACUGAGGGUAUGAUGAGAGGGCUUGGCCGCAUGCAGUGCCUCUUCCUCCAGCACAACCUUAUUGAGGUUAUUGCCAGCAAUGCAUUCUGGGAGUGUCCCAGCCUCAGCAGCAUUGACCUGUCAUCCAACAAACUUGGCCGCAUUGACCCAUCCACAUUCACAGUUCUCAGUCGGCUGAUGGUGUGUGAACUGGCAGCAAAUCCAUUCCAUUGCGGCUGUGAUCUUUAUAGUUUCCUAACCUGGUUGGAGUCCUUCAAUAAUGUAACACACACCUAUGACCGCCUCCAGUGUGAGACGCCCCGGGAAAUGUUUGGCUACCCGUUACUUAUCGCUGCUGGCCAUACUGGUCGAAAUGCCAAAAGCAUUUUGUACCAUCGCUGCAGAGAUGGCGUGAUGAUUCCAGGAAUGACUUCUCUACCACCAGAUCUGGAUGGUCCUUCUGGGAUUGGACCAGAGAUGUUUGGUGGUGUGGGGCCGUACCACCAGCCCACCACCUCUUCCUCAUCCACUGAACACAGCAGUCCCAGCAUCAAGCUCAAACAUGUCUCGUUGUCAUCAGCCUCUGUCCUUGUGCAGAUCCCAAAUCCCUACAGCAAAAUGUAUAUUCUAACACAAUACAACCAGACCUUUGUGUCUGACGUCAUGAACUUGAAAAACAGGAAGGAGAUGAUCACCCUCAGCAAGCUCAAGCCACACACCAAUUACUCCUUCUGUGUAGCAUCCAUCCGCAACUCUCAACGUUACAACCACACCUGCGUCCAGUUUUCCACUCGGGCUCCAAAUCAGGAUAACACGCUGCCCACACCUUCCACAACUACUCACUACAUAAUGACCAUUGUGGGCUGCCUUUUUGGCAUGCUCAUUGUUUUAGGCUUUGUCUACUAUUGUCUACGUAAGAAACGGAUGCAUGAUGAGAAGAGGAAGUCCAUCUGUGUCAAGAAAACUAUAUUGGAAAUGCGCUACGGACCAGAGGUGGCAGCAGCAGUGGCAAAUGAUCCAUCAGCAGUCCAUAAGCUUCAGGAACAGUCCAGAGAACAUCACCAGUAUCAGCACCAACAUGGAGGCAAACUUCCCAUGUCCGCAUCCUCUAGUUUGGGAAUGCUCCACUCAGCUAACACCAGUUCCUCCAGACUUUCCUCUAUCCCACAAGUAGAAAAGAUGGCCACUGCCUUUUCAGAGGCCAUGGCUAGUAAAGGAAACUAUAUGGAUGUCAGAACUGGAGGGGCAGGAAUUGAGAGGUUGGGAGAGGGUGGGCAUGGAGGGAUGGACUUGAGGGACGAUGAUGGAAGUGAUGUUGGUGAUGACUCAGAUGAUGACGGUCGUGGCUCUGCAUCAGAGAUUUCCACCAUUGCCAUGGAGGUGGACAAGGUUAACCAGAUCAUUAACAACUGCAUCGAUGCACUGAAACUGGAUGCAGCAGCAGUUGCUGCUUCAGGGGCCUCUACUAACCCUAUGUCCUGCUCCAAUCCAACCUCCCCUCCCCCCACCAGCACGUCCUCCCUUACUCGUGGCCUAAUCCCACUCUCCCAAGGGGUGACAGAGACGUGCCAAAUCAUUGCUCCCAACAAAAUACCCCCUCCACCUCCACUCCCUGCUUUGAAUGCCCCUCUCUCUGAGCGCCCAGGGAUCAGUGGUGGUGGCUUUGUCGUCACUCCCCCCUACCGGCCCCCUCCACCAGCCACUGCUGUACGUCCUAUUCAGCGACAAAUGAGUGCAGAUGCAGCUGUGGUUAUUGUAAAUGCUGUUAAGAAACAGUGCAGCACCACCUCUUGUGGCUCCAUGGGUCGGGACAGGGAACGUGGAGGAGCUAGGGUGUAUAGCCUGGAUGUUCCUGAGCCACGUAGCCCAGAUGCCUGUAAUCAACAACAGCAGCACUACCCAGACCGGGCCAGUCCCGUGGGCUGUGGGGAGCCCCUAGAGAGGCUGCCUUUAGUGGGAAGUGGGAGCUGCGGUGGUGGGGGUGGUGGUGGUUGCGACAGUGGUGGUGUUGGUGCCCAACAUAAGGACAGUCAGAAACAACACCAUUACCAUCAAAAUCAACAAAUACAACAUCAGCAGCAGCAGCAGCAGCAGCAGCUAGAGGUGCAGCAGGACUACCACUGCUCGGAGCACCGCCACUCCGUCCCAGCUCUAUAUUAUGAAGGCUCCCACCAAGGCUCCCCAGCCCAAAAGGUUUCCUUCUUGAAGCCCCUGACGCGCUCUCGCAGGGAUGCAGCAUCUUACUCCCAGCUUUCGCCUGCCCGCCACCAUUCCAGUUACUCUGGCUACUCCUCCAGCCCAGAGUACUCCUCAGAGAGCUCGCUGAGGAUCUGGGAGCGCUUUCGUCCCUACAGGAAAGGCCAGCGUGAUGAGGCCUGUUAUGUGACUGCCGGAAAUGCCCUUAGAAAAAAAGUGCAGUUUGCUAAAGGCGAGGACCUGCAUGACAUCCUUGAUUACUGGAAGGGGGUGUCAGCACAGCAGAAGCUGUGACUGGAGGACCAGGGAUGGGUAUUGUGGGAAAAAUAGUUUGGAUACUUCUUUUCCUGAUAGGCCAGUGGGCCAGACAAAACAAUAUGAAGAUGGGGAAAAAAAAUGUAGGACAAAAUUUUGCCUUUGGUUUUUUUGGCAUGCUAGGUGUAUAGAAUAUUGUGCUAAAGCAAGGACUGUGAAACUGUGCCUGGGAUAUGAGAGUCAUGAUGGUGUUUUAUUUUACACUUUUUUGUAGCACCUUUUUUGGAUCAUUCUCAUUUGGUGUUUGUGGGUUUUAUUUAUAGCACAGGGAGCAAAUGCCAACUGUGUUAUUUAGUACUCUUUGUGUGAUCAUGGUUUGUGAUCCUAAGGACCGUCUUUAUCAGUGCCAUGUUUUCAUCUAUGGGUAAUCACAGAAGUUAAAUGCUGAUAUCCUUCAUUUUAAGCUUGUGUGAUCCAAGGUGUUGUUUCCUAUUUGGUAUUGGGUACUGUAUUAAUUUGCAGUGUGCACUUGGAUAUGCUUAGGCUUCUAAGUGAAGGGAGACUAUGACGGGUGGGAACUGUGCUUAGUUACAAGUGACAACAUGCCGUUUAGUGAACAGAGUUGUUAAAUGCAGACCCUAUCUCUCUUCCAUGAGAUCGUACAUGCAGCAUAGGUAUUUGCAUGUUUAUAGCAUCUGUAACAGAGAAAGAAAGAAGAAAUUGGAAUGAAAUGAACAAAUGAACACUUGACUGAAAACAGUUAAGUGGGCUUAAAGUUCCUUAAGCAUAAGACAUUUAUGAGAGAGAAAGAGAGAUAGAGAGAGAGAGAGAUUAAAGUGAAACCUCAGCCUAAAAUAGUUGUGUGAGUAGCUGUGUUUGAACCCUUUGGUGUUCAACACAUCUUUCAGCUAACGCUCUUGCAUGGUUCAAUGAGUGAUGUAAAAUAGGUUGUCCCGCAGAUGUCCCAAACUGUCCUAAACAACAUUUUCCCAAGUAAUGAUCAGAAUUGUGAGCAUAAUUUGAAGGAGUACAGAGAGAAAUUUAAAGCAAGAUGGAUAAUAAAAGAAAAGCAAGAUUUAUUUAUUUUUUCUGCAGCCACUGUGAAUGUAAUUAGAUUACAAGCAGUACACCACAGUACAUUCCAAAUCCUUUCUCUAACAUUAUAACGGAUGAGGCACAGAGAGAAAGGACACUUAUAAUUACUGCCAACAUGUCUGUUCUAUUCUGGAAAUUAAUGCUAUUGUUGUCUGUUGAUAACCCAAUUAGCCAUCUUUGUGUCAGGCAUGUUCGCUUGCACUUUACGCCUCAUGAUUGUGUGUGUGUGACUGUGUGGUACACUGGUCAGUGUAAGUGGGUGUUGGCAUGCCUUGUCAGAUUAUAUUGUAUGUGCCCAAAUUGACUUUGAUUAAUAGUUGUCAUAUUUCCCAUUGGCUGGUUGUCUGAGUCUAAAAGAUAUUCAAUUAUUAAUGGCAUGGAUAAAUGUACAAACAUCAACAAUGUUUAUUGUAUUUUCCCAGACAUACAUCACAUGAUGCUCAGAUAUAUCACAGUAGUGCAUUGCCUCUUGCUAACACAGCCAUAAUCUAAUCUCCAUUCUUUUAUAGUAUCAUUCAUCCACCUGGCCUUUCUACUGAAAUGAUCUACUUGGGAUUUUCCUAAGUAGAAAAAUCCCAUUUCCUGGCAUUCUGACAAAAGGCAUCCUGCUUACACACAGUGCUGUGUUGCCUUUGAAGUUUUGCGUCAUCAGCUAACGUACACAAUCUGAGACAUCCUACCCUAAAAAUGUGAAAACUGAAUCAGUGGUCCUUGCUCCACAUUUUUGUCCAGGGCUAUAUUCAAGAGAAAAUAAGUUUAAUUUUAGGAAGCUUUUUAUCUCUCUUUUGGUCCUCACUUCUUUACUGUAGAUGAUGUUCCUUUGGCCCACCUCCCACUACCUGUCCUGCUCCUGCAGGUCCAAUGGGUUAUGGGUUUGGUCCUGUUAUGUUUGAUUAAAUGAGAAAAGUGAGAAAUUGCUUUUGUUCUGCACAACACAUAACACUGCUUUUCUUCUUUUUUUUAGAGCAGUUGAUUUUUUUUAGCAUGCACUUAAUAUUUAUUGACGACGUUUCAUUCACACCGAUUUUAUUUUUUCAGAAAAUAGAUUUUCAGGGGGACGGAUGUAUGUUCAACUGCUCUUCUGCUCAGAUUUCAUUCACACAUUUGUUUGAUUAAUCUCUAUAAUGAUACAGCAUUACAGGCCCACCAGGGAACGUUGACAAUGCUGGUGGGAGAAGUGCCAAUUUUUGUCCAAUGAUUUAUAAACAGUGAUGUCACCAUAGCUCCAAUGAGUGCUGGAGGGGAUAUUGUGUUUCUCAUUAUUAAUAAUUUCUUGAAAGCCUUCUGCCAAAAUAACCACGAGGUACUCAUGUAAAAUGGAAA